AUUACCGGUCGGCUGGGUCACGGCGGCCGGCAUCCUUUCCUCUUCCGCAGCGAAGAGGGUGUGGCAUGUUACAUUAUUGUUUACCUAGGUAGGCUCACAGUGUGCAAGCCACGUUGUCUGCGUGCCAGUUGAUCAGGGACGGCAAACAUGUGACAGCGUGCCGGCGGCUGCAGUGUCUCCUGUCGGUCGGUGUCUCUUGUUUUCGGUCGAAUUGACGUUGCAAGCUGAGGUUUGGGCCCUGGCUUCGACGCUUUGGGUAGCCCGAGACGGGGCCGAUUUCCCUAUCGACGAAUACCCUGGCUGUCUCGCAAGGCCGCGCUGGUUGGCCGUAGAAGCAGGUCCCUAAAGGGUCUUCCUGUUGGAUCCCGGUGAGUGUGUGGCAACAACGACAACUGUGAACGCAGUUUGACUGUUGGAGUUGUGAGGCAAACCAGGUAUGACUUCACUCUACAUUCUGGUUGCCUCGCCCAACAAGGCUGCCGGUGUUUUUGUCAGAUCUCAUAGACCAGGAGUGUCCGAGAUGGUCCGAAGAUCAACAGGAGUCGACCAUCGCUAGACGAUCUCAAUGAUGCAGGCAUGAUGAAAGCGGUGUAGAUCAGAUCACCCUCAGCAACCUCAGCUCUACAUGGCUACUCAUGGUGAGCCCCCCAAGGUCGACCUCCUCCUUCUGGAGAUCCUGCUGCUGCCUUCAGAGGCCGCAUGCAGUGUAGCGGUGUAUACAGUGGUACAUUAUACAUUACUGUGUAUUUCAUCUUUCUCGCAGCAGAGCAAUCCUGCCCAAUCUUGCCUUGAACGAUUGGGGCAUCAUGGGUAUCAGUGGUGUAGGCAUUUUGUCUCCCCAUCACCGGUCCAUCCUGUCUCAUUAACCUUACACUUUCAAUUCCUUCAUGAGUGGCCGACGCCCGACCGAGCUGACGACCGACAACCGCGUCUGUUUCACAUGCACACCGCAAGGGUUGUUGGAGACGUGUCUCAAGCACAGUAUAGUCGAGUGGAUCCUACUGAAGGCCACCUUUCCCACCAUCCUGCCACAGGGGAUGUCGACAAACUAUUACCUCCUACCGCCUACAACCACUACUGGCGGUAGCGCAGUGAAAUCAUGUGGUUGCCGCGUGCCACACUCGGAAGAACCAGAUUGUUGGGAAGACACGGCUUGAAGGAGGCGCCGUCGUCUAUCUUGCCCAGCACCAAGCGAGAAGCGAAGGCUUUAGGAGGCCCCCUGAACCAUCCAUUUGUUGUUAUUGAUUUGCAAUGUUUAGGUGCCGAUUUGAUCCAUUAUUUCUCUUGAAUGGAUCCCAACUACUAGUAUACUACGGCCGAGGCGUUCAUAACACUGCUAAUAAUUGUCAAUGGGGGUGGUUCCGGACCAUGCCACUGCCCACUACUACCACAGCCCACCGCACCGCAUCGGACAGGUUCUCCCUAAAAACACUCGUCUCCGUUUUUCUAUGGAGCCUGCGCGCAACCCUUACCACAAGUAUACCGAACUAUUUGCCUCCCAUUUUACAUUGUACAGUGUAUUAGGCAGGUGGUCUUGCGCCAAUUUUCUAGAGUUGUUCUAGAAAGAAGUCAGUGGCAGCACUGGGCACCGCCACGCAUGCCCACUUUCACUUUGUUUGUUUGUCGCUGCCAGUGGUGGUGGUGGUGGUGGUGGCGCGCGGCCUUCGGUCUUCCCGCUCAGCUUAGAGUCUCAGUCGAAUUUAUUCCGGGCCCCGCCACUCCGCCUGAAGGCUGUCGCCCGAACCCUUGUUUGACCUUGCCGGUGCUCCAUGUGGUGAGUAUGGGUGUGUAAUAAUAAAGCAGGCAAUAUCCCGCAUCCCGCAAACACCGAAGGCUCCCUGUGGCGAGUCCAUGCAGAGCAGGCUGUGGCCCGUUGUGGUCGCCUUGCCAACCGCCAAUUACGACGCUUACAAAAAUAAUCCUCGCGAAGUGGCUCAACAGAAGCAAGUGAUUAUUAUUGAGAAGCCAUGACUGGUUGGUGAUCGCUUUUGAAUCCCCUGGACUUUCAUUUUGGGCAGAGGCGACGUCGACUCGUCGGCAAUUGUGAAUAGUUUCGUUGGCAACAUCUGCAUUCGAUCAUACAAGGUAUAGUUACACAAUCUGCUCUUGAUGACUAUCUACUACGUUGGCAUAAUCUCUCAGCGAUCUUUCCAGUGUCCCGGUUCAGCAAAGAAGAAAUAUGAAAAAUCAUGGCACGAUCUUCCACCGGCCUUUGCAUAAUGUCCUGCUUCCGCAAAAAAAAAGGAAUGAAAACCAUAUGAUGGCUCCUCAAUCCAAAGAAUGGCUAAUUUGUCAUAUGUCCAUCUUGAAAACAUCCAUCAUUCUUUCCGUCUGCAAUCAUGUUCCAACAACACCCUGUUCUCACCGGCAACAUGAAUCUUAGGCCUGGAUGGACCCAUUCCCCUGUGUGGUUCCAGGACUGUGGUCACGGGACAGCACUGCAGACUUCGCAUCGGCCACAACGAUGUCCUGAUUUCCAUGCCAGGGGUUUGCCCUGCUCACUCUUUGGUGGCAACCAGGCGAUCAUUUUCCCCUUCGCCGUCAGCAUUCGGAGACAAGAUGGCCCGUUGUCCUGCUGCAUCUCUUUCUUGUUCAGGCGGCGAUGGCGGCAGAGAGAACAUGACAUCCUCUAAGCUACUGUGCAGCCCUCGGUGACAAUGAGGGCAGCGUGGGCCCAUAAUUUGCCGGUAUCGGCUGUAUUGACGAAAGUUUGUCAUGGCCAUACAACCAUGCAAGACACUUUUGAAAACAUGAGUUAUUAGCACACAGGAUGACUUGAUCGGCACGAGGGAGAAGCGAUAUCACGGACAUGGGCUGCCACAAAGUCAGAAUGAUGGACCGAGUCAUUACUCACCAUGCAACGAUCGAUCCAAUACAGGCGUAAUUCUUCAUUGUCAGCUCCUGGCCAUAGUAAUAGUAAUAGUCGUUGGUUGCAUCAACCGUGCCCAUGACGAAGAGAACCAAGAACGCGAUGACGCCCAAGACCUCGAUGGUCAGGACAAUCAGAGACGGGCAAUGGGGCUCGUCGGCCAAUCUCAACCUGGAUCUGGAUCGUUUCUGCCAUAACCCGGCGACCGUGAGUAUUCCGUUGAAGAGAAGGGAGGUUGCAAGGAUUCCCCCGAGAACAAGGAAUAAGGUUCUCUCAGUUGCGAAACUGAGGCUCAUGGCGACAAUGUCGUUGACGACGAGACCCAGCCGGAUUGGGAGUGCCAAUUCUGACAUGUCGUAUUGCAGGCUGAACGAUUCCAUCUUGCUGUGAAGCGGUGCUACGACUGCCUAGAAACACGAUAUGAGAAGUCUCCUAAAUGGGUUCUCGAAUAUGGGAUAGAUACGAGAAAGUAGAAGAUUCAACCCCUGUGAGGCCAAUACCGAUAUAUACUUGGGGUGAAGGACCUUCGUCUAUCAGUUGGAAGGAUUCUGUGGUGGGACACUAACAGCAGAGCAACAGUUGGAAACGCUGCUGCCUGUCCUGUUGUCUCAUGAGCAUUGUAGGGCAAUGCUGUGCAAUAAUGAUGGGAUUAAUUGCUGUCUGGCCCAGAUAUCCAACCCCUUACAACUAUUUCCGGAAUCCCAGAAGCUUCGAGGACGAAUCAAAGGAACAUCCUCAUGCCCUUUCCGGGACGAAGGAUCACGCUACUUGCUGUUAGCUAGCCCCUUUGGUCAUUCAGUUGUUGGCCCGCCCCUGCUGGGAAGCGGCGGGUUAUAUGGACGCGAGGAUACGUGAACUUGGAUGGCACAGCCCUCGAGAAUCAAUGUGAGGUACGAGAUGGCGAUCCAAUACUGUCUUAUCACUAUGUCCGGAUCAGUAAUCACCAUGGAAGGACCCAAGGAUUCGGGGCUUUCAUUCACAUCCCCAGCUCCGUACCUGCCCCGGAGCGGUCUUUGUCUGAAAGUGUUGCCUGGGAGUAUAGACGUGCAGGUUAAUGGCAGACCAACGUCGGUGUCUCUCGUAGCACCGAGUGACGACGCGUGCGCCCUGACACACUACUACACUAGUCUGUCUCAGAUGAUGUGAGAGCCACCUCCUGUGGCAUAUAUACCUAGAUGGAUACGGGAUCACCUUUUGGUACAGUACAUCGUACAUCUAGGUACAUACCUAGGUAUACCUGUCGAGGUAGUCGUAGUGGGAGGUGGCAGUGUACGGAUCCUUUCAAGUUGGCAUCCACGGGGAUCGUUAAUAAUGCCAAUAGAGGAGUAAACAUAAUACCGGUUAUGUACUAGCCGUGUGCUUUGUGUGCUUGAACUUGGGCUACUAAUCUGAUUGAUACUAGCCUGAUACUUUAGCAGGUCUAAAUUUGGUGCAGCAGGAUUCCCGAAUAUAACGCUUGGCAAACGAUCCAUUCCCACACCGGCAACUGUGAAGAGGCCAUAGACCACGGGCCCGUGACAGCGAAUCGACGAUACCUUAGUUUCAAGUUUGUCGCUAACAAAGUGCAAAGACCGGAACACGGCAUUAGAGACUGACACACGAAGUAGAGCCCUGGUUCCCCGUUCAGGCUGCUUUAAUACCAUCCCGGACUUGUCUCGCCGCCACCAAUGGCCGAAAACUCUGCCGAGCAGGCUCAGGCUCAGGCUACACAACAUACGAAUGGAGUUGCAAAUGGAGUUGCAAAUGGAGUUGCAAAUGGAGUUGAAAAUGGAGUUGCGACCCCGUCGACAGACGGUACAGCGACAAAACGCAAAGCGCAUGAAUUGAGCGGGCCCGAGACUGCAGUGGAUGGUAGAGACGACAAGCGACGCAAAGGGACGGCACCAAUCAAGGCCGAGUUUUUGGUGGUGGACACCUCAGACAACAAUGGGAGCAACCUCGUCGAACCCCGAGCAGCGCGGGACGAGGCUGACGACGAUGCAGCGGAAGCGUUUCACCACAACAACCGACAACCAACCAGCAACAACUCGAAACGGAGUAAACGGCAGGAAAAGGGGCGAGGGCAGAACAAGGCUCGCGACUACGGCAGUUCUCGAGAUGAAGUCGGCUUGUGCUCGACUCGGGUGCAUGCACCUGAGUUCUCGCCAGAGCCUUGUCCCUACGGGGAUAACUGUCGCUUCGACCACGAUUUACGCACAUACCUGGCUCAACAUAAGCGGAGUGAUCUGACGACGUUCAACAAUGGGCUCUGUCCCGUCUGGGAAGUCAAAGGCCGGUGCUCUGCAGGGUGGAAAUGUCGAUUUGUGGGAUCUCAUUCCAAGGAAAUCGAGCAUGAAGAUGGGCGUCGUGAACUUGUUCUAGUGGAAGAUCCCGAGCGGAUUGCCAAGCAUAGCCAGACCUCUGGCGAAGGUGAAGAGGCGGGCGUCGCCAAUGUCCUCACGGCCCAGCAACGGACCGACUUGAUGAAGCGGAAGAUGCCAACACCUAAAUCGGACGUCGUGCUUCCCUGGAUAGACAAACAGACCAAAAAGCCGUCUGAACAAGGCGGACGUCGGCGGCAGAACGGCGACAACAAUCAGAGCGGGAGCGGGACUGGGUUGCGCAAUUCAUCAUCACCAGAACCAGCAGGCGGGAGUACAGAGCAAGGAACAGAAACCAACCUCAGCGAUUCCCGCGCUGCUUUUCAGGAUCCUCCUCUGCGGCCGUCAGAAAAGCGGAGGCUGUACUUUGGACCUGAAACACCUAUUCUGGCACCCCUAACGACACAAGGCAACCUCCCAUUCCGUCGAUUGUGCACAUCUCUCGGGGCACAAUUUACCUAUUCCGAGAUGGCCAUGUCGCUGCCAUUAUUGCAAGGCCAUAAACCAGAGUGGGCGCUGAUGAAAGCGCAUGAGUCGGAAGUGCAGCCUCCCACUUUCAACAUGCGGAGUGCCGGGCAGAACAGCAGUAACAACAUCGUCUACGACUACGGGUACGAUCAAAGUCAAGACCUACGGUUCGGAGCGCAAAUCGCCGCCAACAAGCCCUGGGUGGCCAUCAAAGCCACCGAAGUGCUCACAACUUUGUUGCCAAAGGGAUUGAGAGUCGUCGAUCUGAACGUCGGAUGUCCCAUCGACCUCGUGUACCGCGAAGGCGCAGGCUCAGCCCUAAUGGACGCGCCGAGCAAAUUGGAAAAGAUGCUUCGAGGCAUGAACCUGGUAUCCGGCGAGACGCCCGUGACGGUCAAGAUCCGCAUGGGCACAAAGGACAAACAGCCGACAGCACACAAACUAGUCGAGAGACUCGUGCUAGGCAACCGUCGUGACGACAACAAUCAACCGAUCGAAAACAGCGACCCUUGUGGCGUGGCUGCAAUCACUCUGCACGGCCGCUCCCGACAACAGCGGUACACCCGCCGCGCCGACUGGGAAUAUAUUUCGCAGACAGCAGCGUUGAUCAAGAACUUACAACAGAAAGCAGACACAAUAACAGACACGAUUCACGAACCCGACGAGCGAGAUCUGCCCAAUGGUCACAAGGGCUCGAAAACAGGUAAAGUCUGGUUCGUCGGUAAUGGAGACGUCUACUCGCACGAACAUUAUUACGACCAUCUUGAACAUGCGGGAGUUGACGGUGUCAUGGCCGCUCGUGGUGCCCUCAUCAAACCCUGGCUGUUUGAGGAGAUCAAAGCCGGCCAGUACUUGGACAAAUCAUCGUCAGAGCGUCUGAGGCUCGUCGAGCAGUUCUGCAGGUAUGGUUUGGAGGCAUGGGGCAGUGAUGAAAUGGGUGUCGGCACUACCCGUCGGUUCUUGUUGGAAUGGCUCAGUUUCGCUUGUCGUUAUGUCCCUGUCGGCUUGUUGGAGUAUUUGCCUCCUAAUAUCCAGGACCGCCCGCCGCGGUACAAGGGACGAGAUGAGCUGGAAACGUUAAUGGCCAGUGACAAUUACAAGGAUUGGAUUAAGAUCAGUGAAAUGUUUCUGGGUCCCGCACAUCCGAAUUUCCGCUUCGAACCCAAGCACAAGUCGAACAGCUACGAUACCCAGGCCGAAGGGUAGUCGCUAACAGGGAGGAUGAGGAGAAUGAAAAUGGCCCACUUCAGUGAUGAUACACCAGAGUCCCAUUGGGGUUACACAUUCGAGCAACACCUGCACGUCGAAAAUGCAAAGAUAAGGAGUCUCCAUUGGGCUGGUAACCUCGAGCGACACAGCCAAGUGAUAAAACCCACUAGAAUCUCCCUGGACGCGAGAAUCAAAGCAAUAGCAAUACAUCGAAAUUGCAAAGAUGAGAAUCUAAGCAGCCAAGAGUAGCAGAGUCAAGGGUCAAAGAUUUGUAAGACAUGAAAUCAAUUCGAAGCGACUCCGUCCAAUUCAAGUCAUUAAAGUCAUCCAGUCCCCAAUCUCAACUCCAGAACCCUUGAAUGAAUCCCCAUAUACUAGUACCGUACCACACAAACACUUUAC